AUGACCAAGGACGGCUUAGCCCAAAGGCGGCUGAAGGCACCAGGGUAUACUGAGCCAUACCCAUCAGAAAAACCCAGGGCUUGGCACGACUUGCUCCCUAAGGCUUUUUGGGCAUACCGCGCAUCGAAACGCUCGGCUACUGGCACAUCCCCCUAUGCCUUAACCUACGGCCAUGACGCCAUUGUUCCGAUGGAGUUAAAGAUUCGGUCUCUCUGUGUGACCGAACGGCCAGGGCAAGAAAAGAAGGACUACGCGCAAGCCAUGGCUCAAGAAUUGGAAGAUUUGGAGAGAUCAAGGCUUGACACUUACAACCUGAUGCGAGCUCAAAAGCAAAUGGCGCCAAGGGCAUACAACAAAAAGGUCAAACAAAAGACCUUUGCCGAGGGCGCCCUGGUAUGGUGCGCUGUGAUUCCAAUUGGGACUAAAAACCCACGAUUCGGCAAGUUUUUCGCCGAACUGGGAAGGGCCAUUUAUCAUCGAAGAAUUCUCGGCCACGAUGCAUUCCAAUUGAGAGAUGGAGACGGAGAGCGUCAUGGUUUGCCAAUAAAUGGCCAAUACUUGAAAAG